AUAAUUUCUUCAUUCCAAUUGGCGACACGACUAGUUCUGCAAUUUAUUUGAUUUGGAUGAAUUACUUUAUAAAAAACAAUAAAGAAUAAUCAAAUUCCCUGACGCAGCAGAGAAGAGACUAGAGAGAACUCCACUCAAGAAAAAAUUGCACGCAAGGGUCCACGCGGCGAACAGAUCGUGCCGUUCCGCGGCGGCGUCGGUGCGGCGCUGGAGCCGAAGUGAAAAGUCGAUCGGGAUUGGGCCGUUGGGGGUGCGAUACCCCUCGCCUCGAAUGCGAGCUCCGUAGGUCCGCCCCCCCGGCGGAUGGCCGAGCUGGGCCGCCGCCGCCGCCCGCUGGGAUGAGGCAGCGUGAGGAGUCGCGCUCGCGGCUUCCCUGCCCCCAGGCCUCCGCUCUGAAUAUCCCCGACGCGACGGUAACCGAACAAGCCUCAGCUCAGUUAGAAAGGCUAAGAUCAGAGCAUCUCCGUGUCUCCACAACACAUCCUGGAUUCGCAAUUAUUGAGGUGCCUCCACUAUAAAAGGCCAACCAUCCUCAAGGAAUGAACACAGCCAGCCAGCAAGCAAGCAGAGAACAAGGAUAACACAGCAACUGAAAACCUUAUUACCAAGAACAAACAACUACAAGAGGCUUUGCAAGUUCACAGAGGCAGCUGUUCACUGCGAAUGAACAACCAGAGGAAGCCUGGAGACUGGAACUGCAAGAACUGCCAGCAUCUCAACUUCAGCCGCCGUGACUACUGCCAGCGUUGCCGUGAUCCACGCCCUGACUUGCAGUUCGGCGACGGCUAUAGCACGGUUGGUGUGCUGACCUCCCUGGACAUCCGCCCAGGUGACUGGUACUGCAGCUGCGGCUACCACAACUUCGCCAGCCGCAGCAGCUGCUUCAAGUGCGGCACGAUCGUCAGAGACUUCCCAGCGGGGCAAGGCGCAGCCGGUGCUGAGGGUGACUUUGCUGGUGGACGCGACAGCGCCGCAGUCCGUGCUGGGUGGAAAGCUGGCGACUGGAUCUGCACGAGGCCUGGUUGCAACGUACACAACUUUGCGAGCAGGAUGGAGUGCUAUAGGUGCAAUGCACCAAGGGAGGCAGCAGGCACCGGGAGGUAAGAGGCGACUGGGGUGAUACCAAGAGCGUGAGAUGUGACGAGCUGGCCGAGCAGUGGAACCUACUGCCGUCACACACUCACCAUCAGGCAUCCAGGAAGGAUGAGUCUACUACGUACACGACUAUAUUGCUGAUUGCCGCGCGUAGUGCCGCUGCUGUGGUUUGCGUGGGUGGAGAAGUACCCAAGCGCAACACCUGUUACGUGUGUUGUUUGCUCCUUUUUGAGGUUGUGUUGAUUCAGUGACAGCUGAGUUGUACGGCCUGAUGAUGUACUCGCAUUGUGUAUUUGUCUUAAACAGCAUAUAUAAUUAUGUAAUAAUAAGUGCUUGCUUAUCUAUGCUCUGCUGA